ACUUGAGUAGUGGUUUAAAGUAGGUAGAUGACGUUUUAGCUUGCUUCCGUUAUUACAUAAAAUUUAAAAGUUAAACUAUACUGUAAUUUAGUAUGAUUAAGGAUUAGGUGUGGUCUAAGAUCUGUAACUUACGCAAGCCAUAAUGGAUAAACAAAUGGAUUGGAAAACAGAAGAACGUAAAAACUUACGGAAUAUAAUUACUGAAUGGAAUGCCAAUCGUCUUGAUUUGUUUGCCGUCAGCGAACCGAAUGAGGAGCUGGAAUUUCACGGGGUUAUGAGAUUCUACUUUCAAGAUGCAGGACAGAAGGUAGCGACAAAAUGUAUCAGGGUGGCAAGUAGUGCUACCACCAAAGAUGUCAUACACACCCUGAUUGAAAAGUUUCGCCCAGAUAUUCGAAUGUUGUUUGUACCUGAGUAUGCAUUAUAUGAAAUUCAUGAAAAUGGAGAGGAGAGGAAGUUAAAUGAUGAGGAACAGCCAUUGCUAGUUCAGCUUAAGUGGCACAAGGAUGACAGAGAAGGACGCUUUCUUCUUCGCAGAAUGGAUGAAGAAACUUAUCUACCAUAUACAGAUAUGGACAUGAGUGAAAACAAUUCAAAUAACAGCUUUAUCAGAAAGUUAUCCAGGAGAGAGAAGAAAGAGAAAAAAAAGAAGGAAAAAAGAGAGAGGAAACAGGCUGAAGAAGAAAAUAAAGAUGGUAUAGCGGAAAGAUUAUACACUGAGCUUCCGGAGACAAGUUUUACUCGCUCAAUAUCCAACCCCGAAGCUGUCAUGAGGAGGAAACGCCAGCAGAAGCUAGAGAAAAAGCUUAAAGAGAUGGGAGAACAAGGGGGCAGUGAAGCAGGAGGAACUCUACGGAUCUUUGGAGAUUCCAUCAACAAGGAUGUGCCUUACAAGACUUUACUCUUGUCGUCCGAGGAUGCAGCUAGUAGUGUGGUGAAGGAAUUGCUCGAGAAGUACGGCCUUGAGAAAGAAGACUCCCAACAGUAUUGCUUGGUGCAGGUGGUCAUUCCUACAAUGAGAAGUAUCAACAAUCAUUCCUCCUUCCCGAGCCCAGAGGAAUACAUUCUUGAUGAUGAUGAUUAUCCAUUGCGUAUUGCGAGAAACUUUAACAAUGAGAAAGGUUCUCUUACGUUCCACAUUAAACAAAGGCCUACAGAUUAUCAGCCCAGAAAGAGGAAGAAAAAACAAGUACACACAAAGGACAAUUCGGACUCUUCUUCUCAGAGUGAUGACUCAAUAGGGCAAAUGCCCUACCUUUCAGAAAUUAAUCCAGAUUUGAGUGAAGUUUUACACGGCAAACCAAAAAGAUAUCCACUUUUUCCAAAUGUCACAGAAGUAGGAAGUGAGAGAUCAAGUUCUACAGAUGGACAGUUUUUACAGCUCCUUGGGCCAAGUAUUCACCCUCGACACUGUGUUCUUGCUCACACUGAUGGUAUUGUCACCGUAACACCGUCCAGUCAGAAUGCUGAAACAUUUGUAAACGGGUCAAAAAUAUUUGAGACAACGAUCCUGCAACAUGGCAUGGUGGUUCAAUUUGGAAAGUUUCACACUUUUCGAUUUAUUGAUCCCGCAAAAGAACAGGGGCAUACAGUUUCUCCUGAUCCUAAUAAUGUUGACAAGUAUUCCGAGAGACAAGUUAAUAAAGAAGAGAAGGCCCCAGUUUACCAUUUAAGGAGUUACGAAACCACAUUUGAUGCUGAUGGGAAUGUGGAAACAAUCUCGACUCCCUCCAUAGAUGAGCAUUCGUCAAGAAAGUCUAAUGACACCCACUCUCGUAGCUCCUUCGGCAGAGACAGCAGCUUAGGCCGUCGGAGUUAUGACCAGCAUAGAGGCAAAGAACUAAUUCUACCAGCAGUUUUACAGUUUUGGGAAGACACUGAAAAUGAAUUUAUAAGUGCAAUCACCACUCUACUUGACCAGUCUAGAGUCCAGUUUAAGUUAGCACCAACCUAUGCACUUUAUAUGGCUGCUCGAUACCGAGCCUCUACUCAUUUUCGUCCUGAGACUAAGCCAGAAGAUCGGGCUAUCCGGCUCACUCUUGUAAUGAAUAAAGUAGCUGAAAUGAUUCACAAAGUGAUUCAGGACCAAUACAAUGAUGCUGUAAGCCUUGCUUUUUGGCUGGCCAACAGCGCGGAACUCCUCCACUUCUUGAAACAGGAUCGGCAUAUCAGUGCCUAUACUCUCGAUUCUCAAGACUUGCUGGCCGAAAGUGUCCAGGUGGCAUUCCGUAGCCUGACAUCCUGCUUGCAAGCUGAUCUGCAGAUGGCCAUGCCAGCAUUCAUAGAUAACCUAGAAGAUGGCAAUGAAGAGGAUGGAAAAGCAGGUAACGUCCUGGUUGUUUUGUUCAACACCAUGGCAUUGUUACGAAGAUGCAGAGUAAAUGCUGCUCUGACAAUCCAGGUCUUUUCACAACUUUUCCAUUUCAUUAACCUCUGGCUUUUCAACAAACUGGUUUCGAGAUCAUACCACGUGCUGUGCACAAGAGUAGGAGGUUUUCAGCUCAGAAAAAGGCUUUCCAGAAUAGAAGCUUGGGCAGAGAAACAGGGGCUUGAAUUGGCUGCUGACUGCCACCUUAAUAGAAUAGUGCAGGCAGCAACACUUUUACAAGCUCCAAAAAACACUCCAACUGACAUUGCCAACGUUUGUUCAUCCUGCUUCAAGCUUAACUCGCUUCAACUUCGUACUUUGUUGGAGAAAUACCAGCCUGGACCAGACGAGACUCGUAUACCUCAAGAGCUCAUUGAAAGUGUGGUGAAGGUGGCAGAGAACACGGCGGAUGAGCUAGUACGGAGCGAUGGGCAAGAAGUGAAGUUGGAAGAAGAGGUUGAGCUUCAGCUUCCAUUCCUUCUGCCAGAAGAUGGCUAUUCGUGCGAUAUUGUUCGUGGAGUCCCUGUUAACCUUCACGACUUUAUACACCCACUAGAACAGGCUGGUCUCUGUCAUCUCACUGUACAGCCAAAUUCAGCUGGUUUUUGGACUAUAUAUAUGACAGAUCAGGAUGUUGGGCAUUAUUCUGUAGAAGCACCUAGUCCUAGCGAUCAGAAGGACCCAGAGCUUCGAACUCCUGGACCUACAGGUCAACCCGAGGUUGUCACCAUGAACUUAAAGAAAAUUAACAAUGGAAUGGGGUUAAGCAUUGUUGCAGUAAAGGGAACCACCCAGGACAAGUUAGGUAUAUACAUCAAGUCAGUAGUAAAGGGAGGCAGUGCUGAUCAGGAUGGAAGACUUAAGGGUGGCGACCAGUUACUCAGAGUAGAUGGACACUCGCUUAUUGGAAUCUCGCAAGAAAAAGCUGCAGCACUGAUGGCUCGUACGGGUCCAGUAGUGACUUUGGAAGUAGCGAAGCAAGCAGUGUUUUACCAUGGUCUCGCAGCUUUACUGACCCAGCAGUCUCCUCUCUUACCCAAAGGCAGAACACUUCCUGGUUCUCGAUACUUGAGUGAGCGAGACAUUCCGAGUCGAGUACAAUGUGAACGAGCUCCUGAACUUUACAAAAAUCCUCCACCUCUUGGUAUUCAUAACAGCACAAGUGUUCCUUCUCUAGCAACUGGUCAGUUUCCUGCAGAAACGCUCAAACAGUCAUCCACAGGUAAUUUAUCAUCGCAAGCUGUCCACUAUGGACCCUCGUCAUUCAACUCUUCCAUGCUUAAAAACACGGAGUAUGGGAGUUUGAGUCAGGAGACCAAACCAGUUGUUAGCCAGAAGCAUGGUGAUGCCCCCACAGAACGUGGGCCUCCCCCUUACACCCUUCUUAUUCAUCCCACUUACCAGAAUCACUUGGAGCAACAACAGCCUCGAGUUCCUGAAGAACACCAUUACCAGAACUCCAUUGUGUAUCAACAACAGCCUCCUCCAGCACGGCCGCCUCCUCAACGAGUGCAUCCACCUCAAGUUCAUCACGGCUCCUACUCUUCCCUUCAUCAUUCAGAGCAAAGACAGCAAGUCCCACAAUUUCCUGUCGAUCAUAAUCGGCCGCUGUCAACCCUAGUGUCGUCCAGGGAGCAAGAGCAGUAUACUAAUUCCAUCAACUUUCAACAGGUGCUGCCACCUACUUCAUCUCAUGGGCAACAGUACAGAAUUGACCACCUAAAUGAACUUAAGGACUCGAGGAGGAAUGGACCAUAUGAUGAAUUCAAUCCACAAGGUGAACCUCGUCAAGUCACGUAUGAAGGAAAAGGUUUUCCGGGAAAUUACAAGGUCAUUCUUCCUAGCCAAUCAUAUCCAGUGGAAGUUAGACAUCAAGAUCUUCGAGACCAGGCAAAGAUGGAAGAAAUACAGGAAGAGGUACGACGCCAAGAGGAAUGGGGAAUGCAGGGACCUAAUAAUAUGUCUACUCAUAUGAUAAGAUCAAGACCACAACAGCAUUUUGUUAGCCAACCUGUUAACCAAUAUGAUAGUUUUCGUCCUCAAGGACAACAACCCCAACCAGCCCCAUAUACUCAGUAUCGAAUGAACCAAGUUUUUCCACCAAACAGAGCACAGAAGCCUAUUAUGCAUGGAAGAGAAACAAUAAUCGAUAAUACUUUGUCGCAACCUUCACUUCAACCACACUUUCAAUAUGGAGCUACAGAAACCUUGAAUUCUAAGUAUCAGAUACAAGCCAACAAGGUUUGUGAACUAGAAUUUCAACAAACGGGAAUUCGUCACGGACAACCCGAGUCAUAUAAUCUGGUCAACAAGACCCAUUCUGAAGAAACAUCCAGUCAACAUCCACCCUUACGGGAUAAAGAACAUAACAGGAUUACUUGGGAUCAAGAAGCAAAGGAAAGCGAUACAAUGGAGAGAUUGGGGAACUUGGAGCAAAUGCAUGGGAUGCAAAGUGACUUGGAACUUGCUAAACAGCAAAGAAUGAACUGGGAAAAGAAUCAAUUGCUAAAACAACAGCAACAGUUACAUCAGCAACAGCAGUUACAAAAGCAACAGCAGCUCCACCAACAACGACAACAGCAACUACAGCAUCAGCAGCUACCAGAACAACAUCAAUUACAACAUUUACCACAGCAGCUACACCAACAACGACAACAGCAACUACAGCAUCAGCAGCUACCAGAACAUCAUCAAUUACAACAUUUACCGCAGCAGCUACAGAUUCAGCGAGUACAACAACAGCAUCAACAGCUACCACAACAUCAACAAUUACAACAACAGCAGCUACCACAACAUCAACAGUUACAACAACAGCAUCAGCAGCUACCACAACAUCAACAAUUACAACAACAGCAUCAGCAGCUACCACAACAUCAACAGUUACAACAACAGACUAGGGCUAGACUACCCCCUCGGGACCAGUGGACAAUGUUUCAUCAUGAACAAUAUCAGUAUCAAAUUGAGGAUCAAGUAGAAAGACUAUCCAACCUGCAGCUAGAGGAGAUGAACAGAAUCCCAAAAUUUGAAAUGGUUAAGGAGCCAGAGACGCAACUCUUACAAGAAGCUUGUCAAAAGCAGCAUGAACGGAAUAACAGAAUGAACCACCAACCAUCUGAUGUUCCGAUUCAAGGUUGCAUCCCUCCCACCGUAUCAAUUACAGAAGACCAAAACUCUUCUCAGAGGUUUCAGUCCCCUAUUUCUUCAGGGGCCAUGACAUUAGAACAACAAGGGGUUAUUUUGGAGGAGAAUCAUCAUCUGCCUACUAGCUAUUCAUCAGGACACCUAUCGUCGGAGAGGCAGUCGUCUUUUGAAGAAAUUAGCCAGUUUCCAAAUAGCAAUAUACAACAAGUCACUGAAGCAAAAAAUCGCAUUAUUCCACACGCACCCAAAAAGGUAUCUUUCCAAGAGCCUACCAUUAUUACGGAACAUUUGGAAUCAAACGAUAGUGAAUUCAACAUUGAUCAAGCUCAACCAUCUCCUUCCGAUUCAUACACGUUAGAUGAUAUUGAUGAAGAGCUUAUACAAUCGCAAUCCCAGCAGCCUCGAUAUGAAUGUGGAAUCACUCCUGGUGUUAUUGGGGCUCAGGAGGUCUAUCGAGAUCCCAGACAGAGGAUCCAGGCUCAAAGAAGUCGCCAGCAACAAGCUCAACCAGCGAAACCAGAGAAACUCAGUUUUCAGCAAAAGAUGAAAAUGUUUGCUGUGAGUGAAGGACAGAUGGAGCCACCCAAAGAAAGAGUUCAAAGCUCUAAAGCAGAGAGAGAAAUAGAAGAAAACAUACAGGGAAAAGAAUCAACAUGUUAGAUUCCCUUUUUUGUAUAAGCAUAAGCUGGUGUGAGUAACUUGUGUAAAGGUUUCCUUGUUGUCAUUUUUAAGAGAAUUAUUUGUGCAUUUUUAAAAGUGUGACCAGUCCUUUAUACAUUUUUUUUUCAUAAUGUCUGUGCUGAGUAUUUUGAAUCACUUUUUUUUUCAGAUCUAUUAGUUAUUGAUGAGAGAUUUCAAGUUACCUUUGUCAUUCUAACUUUGGCUUGAAUAACACUAACUCGUAAACGACUAAACGAUUCUUUUUUUUUAUAUUUUGUGAAUAUAAGUGAUAAAUAUAAUGCUACAGAUUGUGUAUUACAAAGAUCAGGAUAUAUUAUUUUUUUAUUCAUAUUAUAUAGCGGCUUCUUCUUCUUCUUUUGUAUAAUCGUUUAAGGUUUAUAUUUUAGUGGAACGUAUUUUUAUUGCGUAAUGAAUAUUUUAACACAAAGCGGAAGUGAUAUCUUAGACAAUCUUUUACUAGAUGAACAGUCGUGUAUUAUCCAGGGCUUUAAUUACGUUUUUAUGAUUGUAUUUUGUACAAUAAGAGUAUCCAUAGCUUAGCAAUUCCAAUUUUGCUUGUGUAUGAAACUAAUUGCUGAGUAAUGUUUUUCCUAUGAAAUACAACGAUAUACAAAAACUGUACAUCACCAUUAUUUUUUUAAGGCCUGUCCUUACUGUUGAUUGACACGUGUCACAACAGGAUCACUUAUACUGUCCUCACAGUUGAUUGACACGUGUCACAACAGGAACACUCCUACUGUCCUUACAGUUGAUUGACACGUGUCACAACAGGAACACUCCUACUGUCCUUACAGUUGAUUGACACGUGUCACAACAGGAACACUCCUACUGUCCUACAGUUGAUUGACACGUGUCACAACAGGAACACUCCUACUGUCCUUACAGUUGAUUGACACGUGUCACAACAGGAACACUCCUACUGUCCUUAUAGUUGAUUGACAUGUGUCACAAGAAGAUUACUCAUACUGUCCUUACAGUUGAUUGACACGUGUCACAACAGGAACACUCUUACUGGCCUUACAGUUGAUUGACACGUGUCACAACAAGAUCACUCCUUUAGUUUAAUGACAUCCCUGAUCAAUUAUUAGAACACAAUAAAAGCAGAGAAUUAGUGAAAUAUAACCAUGUCCUAAAAGAUAUCAAGGACGGGGAUUGGAAAUAUGGUGAUUCUGCACUGGUUAAUAUCGUACUGGUUUACAAGAUAAGAAAAAUUUUCAUUACUUCAGCCAUCUUUCCUAUUAAGAAUUGUUGCGUUUCAAGUUUUGCAAUACAAAGAAGCUGGUCAUCAUUGUAAGAAAGCUGGUCAUCAUUGUAAGAGGAAAUUGGAGGACAUGAAAAUGUACAGAAGCAUAACGUGUAUUCUAAUGUAUAUAUAUAUAGUGUGAACUUACAUUUAUUUGUGCCUAUUAGGAUGUUUUUAUGAAGUAAAGACGAGCUGUUAAUAAAGAAAAUAGUAUAAUUUAUGUAACCUUUGGAUAUUAUCAUGUUGUGUAAUGUUUAUCCAAUCGCUUGGGUAAUAAAGAAGCAAAGGAAAUUUGUUAACGGGAUAAAAUCUAGAUAAAUAUGAUCCAAAGUAUUAAUAGUAAUGGUAACAAAUUAUUUAAUUGUUGCCUUGAAUAUAAGUUAUUUUGACUUCUUGCAGACCAAAGAUGUAUGCUGUAUAUAUAUAAUAUAUAUAUAUAUAACAAAGUGUUAAACCUAACGGCGCUGUGCAUGUAUCUACAUUAAUAAAUGCUUUUUUUUUUGUCAUCGACCUUUGAGUAAACUUCAAGUCAGGUUUUGUGAUUAGAAGAAUUUUACGUUAAUAUCAUUUUUCUUAAUAAAAACUGUAUAGUUAAAACUGAUUAAUGAAGCUUGUAAACUUAAGGAUAUUUUCGAAAGUGUGCUAGUCGUUCGGAAGAGCUAUUUGUAUUCGACAUAAUAAAUGGAUACUCAUACUUAA